GAAAGGGAAUGAAAAUAAAACAGGUGCCGGUCCCGGGCCGGGAGAUCAAGUCAGAGCAUUUCGGUCGGUUCAAACGGACGGAUCCUCCAAAGCCAAGGCGUGGAGUGGAGUAGUACUCCAUUCUACUCCAGAUAUCUUCUUCGUCUUCCUCCCGGCCGGCGGCCCGGUCCUCCGUUGGCGUUGGGGGAUUCUUAAUUUCUUCUGCAUCAGGUUACUUACGGCUAGCGUCGGAGUAAGAGAGAGAGAGAGAGAGAUAUUGCUUCAUGAAUUGGACAACUGUCAUAUUAUGCUACUGAAAGAAACUUAACUCCACUUCCUUUUGUGUCGUAAUCAUGGCCGGAAGCUCGGAUUAUCGGCCUUUUAACCUGGCAGCAAGAGUCGUAGGAAAGAGACGACGACUCAUACUACCUGCCAAGUUGAAGUCAGCGAUACCCGCCAUUGCUCUGGUUCUGUCGGCGGUGGCCAUCAUUGCUGCCAUAACCCAGCACCACCGGAGCAUCACCUACUUCCUGCGGCCGCUGUGGGACACGCCGCCCAAGCCCUUCACCGUCAUCCCGCACUACUACGCCCCCAACACCUCCAUGGCCGAGCUGUGCGCGCUCCACGGCUGGCGCGCCCGCGCCUCCCCUCGCCGCGUCUUCGACGCCGUCCUCUUCAACAACGAGCUGGACAUCCUGGAGAUCCGCUACCGCGAGCUGCUCCCCUACGUCCACAAGCUGCUCAUCCUGGAGGCCAACGCCACCUUCACCGGCAUCCCCAAGCCGCUCUCCUUCGCCGAGAACCUCGAGCGCUUCGCGUUCGCGAGGUCCAAGAUCGUCUACGACAGGCUUGCCAUCGCCACACCGGGGCCGAGGUCUCAUCUCCGGGAGGAGCCGUUCGACGUGGAGGCCAGGCACCGGCGCGCGCUGAACGCGCUGCUGCGGCGGUCAGGCGUCGCGGCCGGGGACGUGGUGAUCAUGGCGGACGCGGACGAGAUCCCGAGCCCGGAGACGGUGCAGCUGCUGCGGUGGUGCGACGGGGUGCCGCCGGUGAUGCACCUGCAGCUGGAGAACUACGUCUACUCCUUCGAGUUCCCCGUGGACCAGGGAAGCUGGAGGGCGACGGCGCACCUCUUCGGCGAGCGCACGGCGUACCAGCACUCCCGGCAGAGCGACCUGAUCCUGGCGGACGCCGGGUGGCACUGCAGCUUCUGCUUCAGGGAGGUCGCCGAGUUCGUGUUCAAGAUGAAGGCGUACAGCCACGCGGACCGGGUGCGGCGGCAGAGCUUCCUCGACCCGGCGAGGAUCCAGCGGGUCGUCUGCGGCGGCGAGGACCUGUUCGACAUGCUCCCCGAGGAGUACACCUUCAGGGAUCUCUUCAAGAAGAUGGGACCAAUACCCAGGUCUGCGUCCGCCAUGCACCUGCCUUCCUAUCUCAUCAAGAACGCACACAGGUUCAGGUUCUUGCUUCCUGGUGGAUGCUUGAGAUCAGGUUAAAACAAUCACUGUUUUACUUGUGAGUUUGUAGCGCGGCAACCUUAUUUAGAUGUGAUAUGCUGUUGUUUCUAAAUGUGCAAAGUGUAUCUCGUUUGAUGUGAAACAGUAUUAAUCUAGACAUGAUAUGCAGUUUACAUUUUUGUUUAGUUUGAGGAACUGAAUGGGCAAGUCACAAAUGGGUACAAUCACAGUCUACUCUAUCAAUGACAAAUGGGGGGACUAUU